AUGCAGGCGUGUGCGCGGUAUCCAGACUCUAGACUCUGGAGUGAGGUAAUCUCGAGUCUCGGCGGGCGGUGGGUAAGGUUCCCGUCGUCUCCCCAAAGGCCCCAAAGGCGCAGGCUCAAUCCAGAAACGGAAGUAAGCUGUCUUUGUGGUAACGAUAACGUAAAACGAACAGGGUCAGACAAAGCUUGA